CCCACUUGAUGUUUGCCUCUUUCGUUGACUUGCCUUUGUGGCCACCAAUACCGCUGAUUUAAUUCUAGUCUCUCCGUGUUUUCUUUGUUGUUCUCGAUGCCUCUCGAUGCCAUGCCCACUAUGUCUUAAAGUAAACAACAUUUCCAACUUCACCUUCUUCCUCUUGUCAUAUUGCAAUUUUCGUGUCCAGCUAUAACGCGCGUUUUACUCGGUUCCCGUCUUUGCGUUAUCUGAUGCUCGCUUCUUGUCACUAAACGUGGCAUUGUUCCUCGCCAGCAAACGACAUCGCAAACCUUGUAUCUUGGAGACAACCUCUUUCUUGACAGCUAAGCUUGCUAGGUCAUCUAAUCAAUCAUUAGUCUUCAGAAUGGUGACAACAAGAGCUCAAGACAAGGCAAAGAAGGCGGCUAAGACUCCUCUUCCUCCCUCUCCUCGGGGGACUAGAUCUCGGGCCAAGGAAGCGGCCGGUGUUCAAGUGCUCCCUCCCCCUUCUUCUCCUGUUUCUCGCCCGCGAGGUGGAGGGCGAGGAAAACAAAAUCCUCCCAAAGUUCUAACUGUCAAGAAAAUCGGCCGCGAUAAGGCGACCACUGCCAAACGCAAAGGCGACGCCACAGGGAAUACAACCCCCUCGGCUGGUAGAACUCGAUUCGUGUACCGCUCGCCGUCUCAGAAUCUUCGACGCGCCAGAGUAGAAGACCAGAGACCACCCAAACGAAACCCCCCGCGACUUCUAAGUAUUCAACAGAUUGAAGACUACGUCUUCUCCCCCCGCCACUUCUCCGACCAACUCAUCCCCACGUCUUUCCCUACGGAAACGUCCGUCUGGCCGCCCCAAAACCCACUUGACAUCAUGCGGGCCCUAGGUGAAGAAGUAGAUGAUUGUGCCGGCGAAACGUGCUACACAGACGAGCUGUGUUUCUCGCCAGACUGCGAGCAUUCCUUCGACAAAUGGCGCCAAUCCUCAAGCGCCAGCUGGAAAACCCACUUUGAACUCCGGCAGACGCAGGAUAGGGGCAUCGGUGUCUUCACCAAAACUGCCUUCAAGAAAGAUACUGUGUUGGGCUGGUACACCGGCCAAAUCGUUCCAUUCAACAACGCGGAUAGCUCCAACAGCCAGUACUUGAUGGAUUUCGCGAUUGGCGGAUCCGAAUCUUCUGGAACUGACGGCUCUCCGAAUAUGGUGUGGGUUGAUAGUGCCACCAGGGGGAACUGGACGCGUUUUAUGAAUCACUCGUGUUCGGCCCAUUGCUGCUUUUACCCCAUGAGGGUUGGACGCACGCGUAUCAUGGCUGUUCUUGCGAACCGCAAGAUCCCCGCUGGAGUAGAGUUGACGGUGGAUUAUGGUGCGGAUUACUGGGAGACCAGAGGUUGGGAUUGCUUGUGUAACGCACCCAAAUGUAUGAGUAAAGCGAAGAAGAAUGCACCUACAGGAUCGAGUGGGGCCAAGAAAAAGGCUCGAGAGACCACUCAAACGAACAAGAAGGAGGGUAAAGCUACAAGUAACGUCUUGGGGGAAUCUAAAGUAGGGAAGAAAAAUAAGAGGCAAGCCAAAAAGAAGAAAAACUUGGAACGGAGGAUGUCGAUUCUUGAUUAUUUCCUAGGGAGGACGCGGGAGUUGGCGUACUGCACAAACAAGAAUACUAUCCUUUAUCUCCCCUACUACACAAACGACACCAUGUAUAUAAGAUCGAUUCGCGAAGGUUUUGGUAGUCUGUACACAUCAACCCCCUUACUACAAGCCCCUUCGCUGUCCCUCCCAUACUAUCUGAGAAUGGACAUUUUCAAGAUAUUUCGAGAAUUACCACAUGCCAUCACACCCUCGGUAUACAGUAAAUCUCCCACCAAACACGCACAGAACAUAAAUCCCCAUAACACGACUUGCCAACCUACUCUCCCAUCCCCUCAGAAAGAACACACCAAGGAAGCAUGGCCCCAUCUCCCCACCAUGUCGACAAUCCCGAACCUUUCCGCAGAUAUAGAUAUAGUCCAAGAUGCUAGCAACGAGGAUGAAACAUCAGAUGAACAUCGGCUUAUUACUCAAGAAACCACGUUCGCAACUACCAAAUCAAAAGACCCGCUACCUCCCCACUUGAACUCGACCUUGUCAAAUACAACAGCAACAACGCUGCACUACGAACAAGAACCGUACGCACUGCGCUCCUCUUCCUCUCCAUGUUCACCCUCACCUUCAUCCUUCAAGCAGGUUUUAGGUGCCUCUUGUGUGUACGACGGGGGUGAGGAAGAAGUGGGAGGGGAUGGCGGUGGGUGUGUGCGAGAUGCAGAAGAUAAGGAGAGAGGACGGACGAGGGUGCGGCAAAAUCAACCUUCCCCCCGCCGCCAUCGCCAAGAAGGAUCUGGUCGGGUGAGAGGGGGGAGGAGGACGCUGCUCAGGAGGUCCAACUCUUCGUCGUCGUCGAUGUUGGUACAAUAGGAAGAGGACUUCGGUAACCGUAAUGAUGGAAACUAUCUCAGUGUUGUGUCUGCACGGGAAUGAUGCGC